GUCAGCUGUGGAGCAGAGGACAGGUCCCACCAUCACUUCAUCUCCACACAAACAAGCUUCCUGCUCAGCUCCAUGGACUCCGACUGACCUCACCAGCCACUCGACAAGUCAGUCAACACCAGGGGACGAAGGAACCCGAACCAGUUUGAUGACAAAGGCGUCUGGCGAGAGAUGUGCGCUGCUGUGUAUGUCCUGUCGACGGUCACGGGCUACGUGCUCACCUCUGCACUGCUCAUGAAAUGUCCAACUCUACUGCACCGGAGGAAGCGGGAGAAUUUCCUCAGCCGACACAUUUCCCACCGUGGAGGUGCCGGCGAAAACCUGGAGAACACCAUGGCAGCUUUCAAGCACGCUGUGGAUCUGGGCACAGACAUGCUGGAGCUGGAUUGCCACCUGACCAAAGACGAACAGGUUGUGGUUUCUCACGACGCCAACUUGAGGAGGGCGACUGGUAUCAAUGCUGAUAUCUCUGACGUCGCCUACGCUGAACUACCUCCAUACCUCUGCAAGCUGGGAGUUACUUUUCAGAGGGAGUGUUUCUGUGAGGGAGGGGAGGACAAAUGCAUCCCUCUCCUCAAGGACGUUUUUGAUGCCUUUCCGAACACCCCUGUCAACAUUGACAUCAAGGCCAACAACAACACGCUCAUCAAGAAGGUCUCCGAGCUGGUUGUGAAGUACGACAGAGAACAUCUGACUGUCUGGGGAAACGCCAGAAACCAGAUUGUCAAGAAGUGUUAUAAAGAGAAUCCUCAGAUUCCAGUGUUGUUCAGCUUUCCCAGAGUGUUGCAGCUGUUGGGCCUCUUCUACACCGGCCUUCUGCCGUUUGUUCCCCUCAAGGAGCAGUUCCUAGAGAUCCCCAUGCCCUCCAUUAUUACCAAACUGAAGGAUCCUGAAGGAUUAACAAGGGGCCUGAGAAUCGCCGCCUGGCUUGCAGACAGAUUGCUGAUGAGGAAAGCUCUGUUUGAGCAUCUCACUGCCAGAGGCAUACAGGUGUACGUGUGGGUGCUGAACGACGAGGAGGACUUCCAGAGGGCGUUUGACUUGGGAGCCACAGGAGUUAUGACAGAUUUUCCCACCAGGCUUAAAGACUUCAUGGACAGGAAUGGCUUCUCAAAGCUCCAGUGACCUGCCAGACUCUACCUGACUAAUCCACUUGACUCUAAUCUGUAUUGUAUGUGUAUCUAUAAAAGGGGUCAUAAUGACCAUUGAAAUAUGCCGUUUCCAAGUCUUAUGAGUCUUGAAUAUGGCUUUUAACUUGAAAAUAUUUUAAAUUUUUAUUGAUUUAAUUAAAUCUUUCUUUACUGCCUUCCAGUAAAUGAGUUUGCAGUAUAACUGCAUGGCAUAUUGGGCUAGUAGAAUCACCAGCAGAUGCACCUUGAUUUUGAAAUGUAAUGUCAAUUUUUCUGUUUGUUUUUUUACAAUCUGUCACAUGCUGAUCUAAGCCAGUGUGACACGCUACUCGUCCAGAUGUGUGCAUAUGUGCCAGAUUCAGACAAAACAUCAUUAAUACGGGCUACUGCUCACAUUUACAGUACGAUUUGUCUCUAAAAACGUCUUAUUAUGUUUUAUAUGAUAUUUUUUAAGAUGAAAGGUUGCACUUUGAAUGGAUACAUAGUUGUAUAUUUGGGUGUAGUUUCCCAUUUCAAGAUCAAAUUGUAGUGAGGUAUCAUUCUCCAUUAAGAGAGAACUUUUGCACAAAAAACGGACUUGAUCUAACUUAUGUUAUUGAGUUAUACCUCUUUCACCUUUUGUUAAUGUGAUCUACAACAGCAGUGAAUUUAAAUUGAACUCAGAUUUAAGAAAUGUGUUUAAUUCAUGGGUUUUUACAUGUUGAAUGAUGGCUGUAUUUUAGCUGUGUGAAAUUCAAAGACAACACCUCGCUGCGUCACAGUUUGAAUGAUUAAAGGUUAUUAUAACGGAUGACCACUCUAUUGAUGCUCUGGUUUUCAGACCUGUGACACUGCAGUGAGGCUAAGUAAUGAAUGUAGUAUUGUUUGGUAUUGUACUGUCAAAACUGUGUUGGAGUUUUAAUUACUUCACGCAGCUGAAAUGAAAUCUGCACAUGGUUUACAGGUGUAAAUCUGAUUUCUGAUAUUUUUACUUUGUAUUGAAAACGACUUUACAUCACUAUAAUGUUUCUAAUGGAGAAAGCCUUGUGAUCAACCAAUCAUAUUUCAGAUCUUACACAAAUUAUUGCACUCUAGUAUUGUAAUACAAUACCUGUGCAGCAUUGUGUGUGGAUUUGUUUUUGCAUGAAAUCAAUAUCUGACAAAUUAUUGUGUUUGAAUAUGAUGACUUUGACAGGACCAGUGUGUGGACGUGUGGCCUGUCCAAUGUGGUUGAAAAUGUGCGUUUUUAUCAAUAAAAAAAUAAAAGGUAACAUAA